AUGGACGCUUUUCCAGAGCUUGGGAGCAGCUUCAUCGUCAUUGCUAUUGUGAUACCAUCGGUCGUAUUGAUCGCGCUUGUCACGUUGAUCAUAAUAGUUCUCGCUCUAUCUGGCACUGUCCGCAACGACGGUAUCACUCUGAAACAAGAGCGAGUGAGCAAGCGGAAAGAGGAGCUAGAACGAAACGUCAAGACGCAUAAGUUCGAUGACUGGCUUAUGGGUCAGAAAGAGAAACAUCCAGGAUUUCUCACAACAGAUUCUAUUUGCGCGAUAUGUCUCGAUGGGCUCACUGGCAAUGCGCAGAUUCGAGGCCUCCAAUGCUCUCACGCCUUCCAUAAGCAGUGCCUCGACGAGUACUACUGUGCGUUUGUAUAUGAGUAUUGCCCUCUGUGUCAUCGAACGAUCAUCCCAGGGGCGAGCCCGGCAAGCCAGAAAAAAGGCGAAACUUCAGACUCUAUUACAGAGGUGGUCGUAGUAUGAAGAAGCCGAGACAGCGCUCGAGAACGUACUGAAAUUCCGAAGCUGAAUGUGCUUCACGCUGAAGAAACUACAACAUUGAGAGUCAGGAGGGAAAGACCUACGUAGCGGUCCACACAC